AUGAAUAGAAGGAACUCCAGCAGUGUGACUGAUUUCAUCCUCAUGGGGCUGACGGACUCUGCAGAGGCAAAGCUGGUCCUCUCCGGGCUCUUCCUCCUGAUUUACCUGAUCACGGUGCUGGGGAAUGCGGGGAUGAUACUGAUCAUUCACCUGGAUCCUCAGCUUCACACCCCCAUGUACUUUUUUCUCACUCACCUGUCAUUUCUUGACCUCAGCUACUCAAGUGUCAUCACCCCUAAAACCUUACAGAACUUACUGACUUCCACCAAAAGCAUCUCCUUCCUGGGCUGCUUCUUACAGAUGAACCUUUUUACCGUCUUGGGUUCUACUGAAUGCUUCCUUCUCUCCUCUAUGGCCUAUGAUCGCUAUGUAGCUAUCUGCAACCCGCUGCACUAUCCAGUCAUUAUGUCCACACAACUGUGCUGUGCCCUCGUAACUGGGUCCUAUAUGUUUGGAUUUAUAGAUUCCACUGUGAAUGCGGUUUGCAUGAGCAGACUGCACUUCUGCAACUCUAAUGUCAUCCAGCACUUUUUCUGUGACACAUCCCCAGUUUUAGUUCUGUCCUGCAGUGACACUUAUGAAGUCGAAAUCACAAUAUUUGCUUUUGCGGGGUCCACCCUAGUGCUGUCUCUCAUCACCAUAUCUGGAUCCUAUGUGUCCAUCCUCUUCACUAUCCUGAAAAUUAAUUCCACUGCAGGAAAACGAAAAGCCUUCUCCACCUGUGCCUCCCAUCUCCUGGGAGUCACCAUCUUCUACAGCACUAUGAUCUUUACUUACCUAAAACCGAAGAUGUCCUACUCCUUGGGAAGGGAUCAGGUGGCUUCCGUGUUUUACACGAUUGUGAUCCCCAUGCUAAACCCGCUCAUUUAUAGUCUCAGAAACAAAGAGGUGAAGCAUGCUGCCCUGAGAGUCCUGCAGAAGAAAGCAGGCCACAGACAGUUGAAAUAA